UUAACUAGAUUCUUCUCUCCUCCCUCCCGCCCCUUACAGUCGGAUCCCUCGAAGCCGGGACGGUGUUUCCAGCGGGCCACUUUGCGUGUGACACCGGCACUGGCGCCCGCCGGGCCCGCGCUUUUCAGGCGCCAGUUUUUAACCCCCGCGAAGGUUCUCUGCUUUAGGAAGAGGCUGCUCGGUUCCUUCUCUCCGGCGGUGGUGCUUUCCUGAAUGUCGAAAUGCCUGUUAGGAGAUCACUGAAAUUGGAUCAUCUACUAGAAGGAAAUUCAUUUGAUUCUUCAAAAAUCACAAGGAAGAAAAGUAUUAGAACUUAUUCUCCAACAACUGGAACUUGUCAGAUGAGCCCAUUUGCUGCUUCUGCAAGCUCUAAAGAACAAGAGCACAAAAAUGAACCAUCAAACGAAAAGAGGAAAAAACUGAACCACCUCAGUUUAACCGAAAGGAAGGAAUCUACAACAAAAGACCAUGAUGAAUUCAUGAUGUUGCUAUCUAAAGUUGAGAAAUCAUCAGAAGAAAUCAUGGAAAUAAUGCAAAAUUUAAGCAGUAUACAGGCUUUGGAGGGCAGUAGAGAGCUUGAAAAUAUCCUUGGGAUCUCCUGUGCAUCCUGUUUCUUACAAAGAGAAAUGCGGAAAAUGAAAAAACUAAUGAUAAAAGUAACAGAACAAAAACUGUUUGAAAAGAAGUGUUCAGAAUUUUCCAACAAAGAAUUGCAUCAUCUUGACAGCUAUGAAUUCCUUAAAGGCAUUUUAAACUGAGGCAUUAGAAGAAAUGUGCCCACUCUGAACACCAACUUCGUCUGCAUCUGCCUGACCGUAUUUAAAGGAGCAGAAACGUCUGUAAUUAAUCUGCCCAGUAAAUACCAGAUCAGAGCACUAGGCAGGUGUGUGUCUAGAUAAAAUUUCUUGCAGCUAAUUUAAACUUUCUACACACACCAGUGGAUAAUCUCAAUGUAAAUAAUACAUUUCUCCUGGACCCUUUAAUGUGAGCCAACAUGCUGGAGAGGAUAUUAACUUCUGCUCUCUAUGACAUACACGUCUGUGUACUUUUAGCUUUUAUAGAUAGAUUUGAAGCAUUUAUGAAAAGAGCACCUUUGGUAAAAGUGUAGGUUUUAAGACUCAGAUUAAAUUUAAUGAGUAGAAGUAGGUACCACUUUCCCAUUGAAAGCCCCAGAUGCAUAUUAGAUUCUUUUUAAACUUUUUAAAUUUUUCUAUGAGUUUAUUAUGUAGCCACUAUCUCAGGAUGAGUUUUUCUACUCUACCUAUUUCUAUGCUAGUGUAGAAAAACUAUUUUCAAAGUUUUAAAAUUGUCACACCUUCUUUUAUAAAAUAGUGGAAUGCAUUUUUCGGUACAAAUAUAUUUUUAAGUAGGAAGUUAUUCUUAAACUGAACUACACAGACUCUACUGAAUUUAAAGAGAUCUUUCUUAUGGGUCAGUAUGUGAUCCCCUCAAAAUUAUUUUGAAGCAUUAAGUUUCUAUUUUUCUAUGGUGUUCUUUUGUAUCAUCCUUGCAGCGUCACAAAAUAAAAGGGAGGAGGGACUCACAGGAUGUGUUAUAACUUGGGUAACAUGGUUUUUUAAAACCUCUAUUUUUCUUUGAUUAUCUCUACAAGGGAAAAAGUGCCAUUCCCUUGGUACUUGCCCUAAGUCUUGAUAAAAUUUGUAUAAUCCGGUAUCAUGUAAAUAAAAAUACUAUAUGAAAAUCUGAAACAAAAUUUAAGUUUGAAAAAUAACUGAUUUUCCAGUUAGAGAAAUUUCAGAUUUACCUCUUAAAAUGAAAAUGAGUUUUUAAAAACUAUUAAAUGACUUAGAUACUAAAUAGUAACCCAAUUAACUAUUAAAUUGAAUUCCCUUCACUAAUGAUUUUAUUGGUACUACGUAAGAUUUUAAAGAUAAUCUAACAAAUAUUAAGAACACUUUGUGAUACACAGUCCUUAUAAUAGGACAUUACCUAAAAUAUACCAAAAUGAUAAUUCCUUUGUAUUCUAGCAUUCCUUUGUGUGAAAACUAACCUUAGGAUGUAAGCCAAAGCAUAUAAACUUGUAUUAGUCAGGAAAUAAAGGGUUAAGAAGUA